AAUUUCAGUUAACAAACUAUAUUUUCAGCUCAUUUGGUUCUUUGACCAAGUUCGGUGAGUUAAUUGUCGAGUCAAAUUUCAAAUAAUGGUCGAGUUGGAUCGGUUCAUUGUCAACCUCACUAACGACUAUUAGGUCUAAUUUAAUGUGCUAGACCCACGCAACAUGAUGAUUAAAGUCUAAAACUCGGUUUAGAAAUAUACCUACAUUUAGUGCUCGACAAACUAAGAAUAGAAUUACCUCUCCCACGAAACACGUCGAAAACAAAAAAAAAUUAUUAAUUUUUUCUGUCCCUUUCCCUAGUUUUGUUUAAUCUUUGUUUGUUUCCUUUUUAGUACUUCUCACCAAAUAUUUCCAAACUGAUUAUGGUCCCAAGAUGUAGCUGUUAUGUUCCUAAUUCAUAUUCCAAUGUUCAAAAACACAAAACCUUCACUCUCAAGCAAGCCAAACUCCUCUAAACCCUGUUUUCUCAAUUCAACCACACAAAUUCAAUUGAAAACCAAACUCUACUAGACCCUAGUCCUUUAUAAGAGCAUUCAUAUUUCACACACUCAAUCAUAACUAUAACUGUAUUUGUAAUUUUCCAGUACCAUUCACUUUUCUGAAAAUCAAUGGCUGCAAAUUUCAACUGUGACAUGCCACAAAAUACCAUCACUCACCCUUCUUGGUAUUCACCAAAAACCGGAAUUUACAAUAGUAUACACUCUCCUAGGAGCCUUCCGACCGACCCUUUUCUCGACGUUGUAUGCUUCAUUUUUUCUCAUCCUCAUGACGGGGUUUUAGCCCUUAUUGAUUCCUUAUCUGGGACUUCCAUUUCUUACUCAAAUUUGUUAACUUUAGUCAAAUCCUUGGCUUCUGGUCUUCAUAAAAUGGGUGUUUCACAAGGUGAUGUUGUUUUGCUUUUACUUCCCAAUUCAAUUUACUAUCCUAUUGCAUUAUUGAGUGUUAUGUAUCUAGGUGCUGUUGUUACACCAUUGAAUCCUCUUAGUAGUGUUGAUGAAAUUCGUAAGCGGGUUAAUGACUGUGGUGUGAGUUUUGCUUUUACUAUACCUGAAAAUGUAAAGAAAUUAGAACCAUUAGGCAUUCCUAUUAUUUCUGUGCCAGAAAAUGAAAAGGAUUUGAAGCAUGCUUGUUUCUCAUGUUUUUUUAACCUGAUUUCUGGUAACUUUGUUUUGCCUCAAAAGUCGGUUAUUAAACAAGAAGACACUGCUGCUAUAUUGUUUUCUUCUGGUACUACUGGUGUGAGCAAAGGAGUUGUUUUAACUCAUAGAAAUCUUAUUGCUAUGGUUGAGCUUUCGGCAAGGUUUGAAGCUUCUAAAUAUGAAUACUCUAGUUCCAAAAAUGUGUAUCUAGAUGUUUUGCCGAUGUUCCAUUUAUAUGGUUUAUCUCUAUUUGCUACGGGAUUAUUGUCAUUGGGUUCUACAAUCGUUGUAAUGCGGAAAUUUGACAUUGAUGAGACUAUUAGGGUGAUCGAUAAAUAUAAUGUUACACACUUUCAUGUUGUUCCACCGAUAUUGACGGCAUUGACAGCGAAGGCAAAGGGUGUAAAUGGAAGUAAGUUGCAGAGUUUGAGACAGGUCGGUUCUAGUGCAGCGCCUUUAACCACAAAAGCUAUAAAUGAUUUUGUCCAAGCUUUCCCUCAUGUUGAUUUUAUACAGGGUUAUGGAAUGACUGAGUCGGGCACAGUAGGAGCAUGCGGUUUCAAUACAGAAAAAUUUCGCAACUAUUCCUCGCUAGGGUUGUUAGCUCCAAACAUGGAGGCAAAAGUGGUAGAUUGGAAUAGUGGUGCUUUUUUGCCCCCAGGCAGAAGUGGUGAGCUUUGGUUGAGAGGGCCUUCAACCAUGAAAGGAUACUUGAAUAAUGAGGAAGCUACAAUGUCAACAGUUGAUAAAGAUGGUUGGCUACAUACUGGAGAUAUUGUUUAUUUUGAUCAAGAUGGAUAUUUAUAUUUGUCUGACCGCUUGAAAGAAUUUAUCAAAUACAAGGGCUUUCAGAUUCCUCCUGCUGAUUUAGAAGCUGUUUUAAUUUUGCAUCCUGAAAUAGCUGAUGUCGCCGUUACAGGUGCAAAGGAUGAAGAAGCUGGGGAGAUUCCAGUGGCAUUUGUGGUCAAGAAGGUUGGAAGUGUACUUUCUCCAAAGGAUGUUAUCGAUUUCGUUGCUAAGCAGGUUGCUCCAUUCAAGAAGGUUCGCAAAGUGGUCUUCACCGACAAGAUUCCGAGGUCUGUGACUGGGAAGAUACUCCGAAAGCAACUCAGAAACUGCUUGCCUUCUAAACUCUAAGGCAUUUCUUUUAGUGUGAUAUUGAAAAAUUACCAAAGACAUGCAUAAUGGGGUUAUCAUAGCAUGAAAUUGGUUGAAUGUGAUUGUUUUGGUAAAUGCAUUGUGUCUCAAUAGUUGUAAUAAGUGUCCUUAUUAUAGUAAUUUAAAGAAAUUUCUAUUGUGUUUUAUUUAUUUAUUUAUGAAUAACAGGGACUGAAGUCCCAAAACCAGAAGAAAAUAUGUCCUGUAUGAUAAGAGAUCCUAGAGAAGUUACUAUUGAACUCUAGAUGCAUGCAGAUGCACAAGAAAAGUUAUAUGUAAAAUUUAGGGUUAAUAGGUCUUUAUCUCCUGUAAU